AUGAGGUUCCUGAUCACCCACAACCCCACAGACAGCACGCUCAGCGCCUUCAUGGAGGACCUGAAGCGGUUUGGAGCCACCACCGUUGUGAGAGUCUGUGACAGCACCUACGACAAAACCCCUCUGGAGAGCGAGGGCAUCACGGUGGUGGACUGGCCCUUUGAUGACGGAGCUCCGCCUCCCUGUAAGCUGGUUGAUGAUUGGCUGAGCCUCCUGAAGAAGAAGUUCCAGGACGACCCUGGGAGCUGUGUGGCUGUGCACUGUGUGGCCGGCCUGGGACGAGCUCCAGUCCUCGUGGCUUUGGCUUUGAUCGAGAGCGGGAUGAAGUAUGAAGACGCCAUUCAGCUCAUCAGACAGAAGCGCAGAGGAGCCAUCAACAGCAAACAGCUCACGUAUCUGGAGAAGUACAGGUCCAAACACAGACUGAGGUUCAAAGACUCGCACUCGCAGAAGAACAAGUGCAGCCUCAUGUGA